CCCCUUCACUGGUCAGUGGCUGAGCUACUGCCGUUUUGGUUAAGCUUCCGCAUAAGAUGCGCAAUAUCGCCACCCCUUGACUCAUCUGGUCACAUCCGACUCUAUCAACCCAACAUGGAAAAUGUUUGCGCAAGCACGGUCGCCUAAGAGUCGAAGAUUUGAAACCAUGACUCUUCGCACCUGAGAAAGAGGUAUAUGUAAGUAUCUGACUGCGUACGCCAUGAUUUCCCCCUUCACCCAGGCACCAAACUUCUACUACAUCACUAUACAGAACACACUCACACCGAGAUGGGACAAAAACACAACAGGAAGCGCACCAGACAUCGAUCCAUGAGCUCCCGGAGACGGCACUCUCUACUCCCUUCAUGCGGCGCCUUGUCUCCGUCCGGAGGGAUCUGCGGUCUGCCAUCUUCAUUACCGUUCUCCAACAUUGCACGUACGGAUAGCGCUCAAUCAUCAUCCGAUGGUGUCUCAGACCGUCAAUCAUCGGAGCGGUGUCCACAACCUGACAACGAAGCCGAGCUUGCUUAUAACCGCGAGCAGAGGAUAUUUGGCGGCGUAUAUGGAGAGCCCGAUGCCAGCAGUUUGUGCGGACCGAUGCUGGACGUUGUGCUUGGAUUGUUCAACGGCGUUGACUACGAGGAUCCCAUCGUAUCGGGCGGGUAGCCUUCUUGGGUUGUCGCAGCCCAAGCGCAUGUUCC